CGGGCACUGUCGCCACCUCCUCCCGGCUCCGAUGCCUAUUUUAGAACUAGCUGCGCCCAGGAGCAGGGGCUGGGGGGCGAAAGCAAGGGGCUGAGCAGAAUAAAGUGGCCGGGAACAAUCACCUGCAGAACCCCAGGGAAUCGUAGAGCUAGCGCCGAACCUUGCGCCCCGGAUUCUGAGAGCGCUUGACUCGCUUGCUCAGGAAGAAACUUUGGCCCAUGUGAGCUCGGUUUUCCGUGGCAAAGAUCGAAAGGAUCCAAGGAAAACUGCAGGUCAGGGAGGAAACAGCAAUUUCAUCCUCUAGCAAUCACAGAAUUUCAGAAUUGAAAGGAACUUCAGAAGCAGCUAGUUGGGCUUCCCUCCGGAAGAAACAAGGGUUUUUCACAAUGAAUCACACAGAUUCCAGUUCACUGGAUGAAUUAACAACAAGAGGUCUUAUAUCUGAAUAUGAAAAUCUCAUGCCUGUGCCUGUCAAUGGAACCACUUGUGAAAACUGGAGAGAGAUACAUCACCUGGUUUUCCAUGUAGCAAAUAUCUGUUUUGCAGUGGCUUUGGUUAUUCCAACUACCUUGACACUUCAUAUGAUAUUUCUUAGAGGGUUGUUAACUAUAGGAUGUGCUCUUUUUAUUGUCUGGGCUACACUGUACAGGUGUGCUUUGGAUAUAAUGAUCUGGAAUUCUGCAUUCCUGAUUGUCAACUUGUUGCAUUUUGUGUACCUGUUGUACAAAAAGAGACCGAUAAAGAUCGAAAAGGAACUUACUGGUAUAUACCGGCGAAUGUUUGAACCAUUACGUGUACCCCCAGAAUUGUUCAAAAGAUUAACUGGACAGUUUUGCAAUAUUCAGACCAUAAAAAAGGGCCAGACCUAUGCUGCAGAGGAUAAAACAUCUGUGGAUGAUCGUCUGAGUAUUUUAUUAAAGGGAAAAAUGAAGGUCUCCUAUCGAGGACAUUUUCUGCAUAAUAUUUACCCCUGUGCCUUUAUAGAUUCACCUGAAUUUCGAUCAACUCAGAUGAACCGUGGUGAAAAAUUUCAGGUCACCAUUGUUGCAGAUGAUACUUGUAGAUUCUUGUGCUGGUCAAGAGAGAGAUUAACUUUUUUUCUGGAAUCAGAACCAUUCCUUUAUGAAAUAUUUAGAUACCUUAUUGGAAAGGAUAUCACAAAUAAAUUAUACUCCUUGAAUGAUCCCACAUUAAAUGAUAAGAAUGCCAAAAGGUUGGAACGCAAGCCCAGUCUUUGCUCGCAGAUUUCAGUGAUGCAAAUGAGAAACAGUAUGGCUAGUUCAAGUGAUAGUGAAGAUGGAUUGCAGCACUUCCUCAGGGGGACCUCCACUGCAUCUUCUAUUCGUGUGCCUUCCCCGUACAUGAGAGGCUCUGAAAAAAUGAAGCCCAUUGAAGAAGCUGUUGAAGAUGAUGUCUUUGAGCCAGAAUCUCCAGUUAAGACUAAAGUUCGUUGAUUACUCCAGCAUACAAACAGUUCAAGAUCAAGGAGACUUUGUACUCUGGUCAAUUAAAAAAAAUAAUCAUGUUAAAGAGAUCCUGAGAAUUACCAGUGUUUUAUUAUUAUUAUUAUUUUCAAACUUCCCUGCCAAGAUAAAUCCAGAUUGUUGAAAUUUUGUGGUCAGUGAUGAUAAGGGUUUUUUUUUUUAAUUUACUUUCUGUUUUACUGUUCAGCUUUUUAAUGGUUCGUUUUAUUGUGUCUUGAUUGAACAAAGUUCUAUUUUAACCUAUAAAUAUUCACAUUUUCUUGACAUUUUAUAACUUAGUCAACUUUCUUAACAUUAAUUGAUGUAGAACUUCCCAUCAUUUAUUUUAAUAGUUUAUAUUCACAUAAUGCUAUGUGGUUAUGACAACCUUAACAUAUAUUACCUCAUCUAAUUUUCAUGGCAUCUCUGAGGUAAGUAGUACAACUUUCUCUAUUUUACAGAGAAAAAAAAUGAGGUUCAGAGAGAUUAUAUGACUUAUUGAAAGUAACACAUCCAGAUUUGAACUCGGGUCUUCUGACACCUACAAUAGUCUUUCUAAUAUAUUUUAUGAAAUAGACACAACUAGCAAUGAACAAACAGGCUUUGUCCCAAAGCACUAAAAUUAGAGUGGGAGCAUUUUUUUCUCCAUAAAAAUGACCAUCUUCCAUGCUUUUUGUCUUAUGGUCCUUCACUAGGAUGUAUUAUCAUGUGACACAGACAUCAUCACCUUGUCAUAUCUUCAGUACAAGGCUUUUAUUGUUUUGUCAUAAACAAUAAUCAAUUCACUAACAUGAAGUACAGCUUUAGAGAUAACAAUCCUUUUAAGUUAUUCAAAAGACAAUUUCAAUCCUAUUAAGUUAUUGUAAAACUCAUUUCAAGUAGCAGUAAAAAGCAGGCAAAUUUAUUUGGGUUGUCUGGAUAAGGCUACUAGCUUUCUUAUAUUCCUGGACAGAAUUCUAGCAAUCUCAGAGAAAUGAAUAGUUUGACUAUUGUGGGUUACUUUUUUCACCCUAGUCCUCCCUAAAAUAAUUUACUAGAUGCAUUAUUUUGGCAGCCUGAUAAGAGCAAAGCUUAUCACACUUACCAUUUGAUAUAGUUAGCAUUAUAAUUAUAAAAUGGUUGUCAAUUCUAGAGGAAAGUAAUAUUGAACCUGUUUUCAUUCAUUACUAUCUAUCUGUUCUCUUGUGACUUUUCAUCUAAUUUUUGUCUUCUGCACCACAGGCCCUCCCAACCCAAAUACCACACCAAGCCUGGUAUCAUUAUGCUUUUGCAACCUUAGAGUAACUGUAAAAGCAGAAGUGGCCAUAGUGGUUGGGUGGAUGAGGAGAAGUGCCACAGGCAUGAUAGGCUAGCAUGAUUAACCUAAUUUUAUUCUGUUUUUGAGAAUUCUAAAUCCUGAAGCUACUUAACCACACCUUUCUUUAAUGCACGAGUUAUUUAUCCAAAAUUUGAGCCCCAACCUAGAUCUCAGACAAAAUAAACUAGUAAUAAUAAACAUUUUAGAUGCAUAGACAUGGCAAUGCAAAAAUUUAGUGAGGGCUUCAGAGAAUUUGAUUUUAAGUUAAAUUUUCAUCUAUGAUGGAAUUGUGAAUGCAAAUAGUGGCAUUUCAGUGACAAGGAUAUAGUGUUACUUGGGUCAGACUGAAUGAUUGACUAGUGGUCAUUAAGAUAGUUUGAGCAGACCAAUCAUGAUAAUUUAUAUAAACUGGUUAUGUCCCAUGUCCAUUAACUUAUUUGUUUAACAUAUACAGAUACAGGCUGAGGCAAUCCUUUAUCACAUACAUGUUUAUAUAAAUGUAUAUGUGCAUACGCAUAUACACACAACACACAUACAUAUACAUAUAUAGGAGAGGGAUAUGCUUAUCCCAUCUAACCUAAAUUCCCAAGUUGAUUACUUUAGUAAUUUAAUUUUGAGAAAUUUUCAUUCUGAUUCACUCAUGGGAGAUGUUGUGCAUAAUGGCAAUCUGUUUGCAUAGAUGACAUGCAAAUUAAACAUUUAAACUAUGUGUAUUGGAAAAAGGGGAAUAAUAGAAAAAAACAAUCUAGUUGAUUUUCAGUUUUCAGAAAGUAGAUAGGAAAGUUUGGGUUUAUUUUCUUUCAAAUUUAUGUAUAUUAUAAUUUUUGUAUUUAUUACCUAAAAUUUAAAAUAAGUAAUCUUUCAAAAUGUAGUCACUUAAAACAAAUAUAUAUUAUAGAUCUUUUGUUAUUAAUGUUACUUUCCUUCUUACUCAACCUCCCCCUCAAACACACA